GGUAUCAUUUCCUUAACCCUACCCAGCUUCCAGAUAUGUCAGACUUAGAAUCUAUCCCUGAGCUGUACCAGCUUUACAGAAAACUUCAGUCAACAUUGGCUGACCUGCCGGAGAAUCCCGGCUGCAUCCGUCUACUGCAGCUCUACGCCAGUCACGAACCUGAAGAAAAAGGCUCCCCGGAAAACUUGUUCGAUCCCCAUCAGCUAACUUCUAUUGACAGUCCAAAGGGGCUCUGGUGCUACACACCUCUCUUUUAUUAUGAGAAUACGGGAUAUCAAAGACGCAAGGUGCCAGUGGGCGGAGGAAGCUGGAUACAGAAAGCGCACAACAACCCGCCGGGACAAGCCUGGUACACGCAGAGGCUUGAGUACCCCAUAGAGAUCCACGGCAAGACUGGUACAAGCGAAAUUUUACGUGUUAAAUUCCACAUGAAGCAGUUUACAGAUGUACAGCCUCGGCCUACCUAUGCUCUCUGUCAGAUUUAUCGGAGAAAAGAAACGCAGCUAUCUGCUUCUGCUACGGCAAAUGAGCAUCUGGGCCAACAUACUGAUCAUCGUACAGGUGCAAUUGUUCAUGGCCAGCAGGACGCUAUGCACAUGGUGACUGGGAAUAGGGGCACUCAACCGAACUCUGGCGGGGAUGGAACUUAUCAGCUGCCAGAAAAUAUUAUAACUCAGACGCAUGACAGUGGUGCAAUUGAGCAGCUAUCAAAAGGAUCAGCUCUGGACACCGGAGAGGCUGAGCAAAACCAGCUUAACCGGUACCCUAAUUCAAAGGAGAAAACUAUUGCAAGGUGGGAAUGGGACCAGUUUGAACCGACGGAGAUUGAACGCAUUCUCGAGAUGGAACCCUUUGCCACGAGCCAGGAGAGUCCCUGCAUCAUCCUUGCACAAGAAGAUAAUAUCAAUAUUCAUGGAGACACUCCUGGUUCAAGCAUCAGAAGUUUCCAGGCUCAGUCUAUGAGAGGUACUUCCUCUCAAAUCAGCAUUCAAAAUGAAAACUCAACCAGGAAAAGGAAAGUUGAUGUUGCAGUCGUAAAUUUCUCUGAUGGAACUUGCCGGGUUAUUGAAGAUAAGGGGUUGAUUGAGGUACUGAAAAAGACAAAGCAUAACACGUCUCCUCCUUUUCAGUCAUGGAAUGCACCACAAGAGAGAGAUACUGUAGAAGGUCAAUCUUCUAUGCAUUCCCAUGUAGCAGAAUAUUGGACAAUAGGAUUACAUGAGAAUGACAAUCUCCAAGGUAACAAUUCACGUUAUCAAUCUUACAUGCCAAGUCAAGAAGGUUCGCUGAUCAAUAAUCAGAACUAUCAACAAAGUUCUUUUCCUAUGGAUGCUGCUCCUUGGGCUGGAGUCAACUUGGCAAACCAAAGGAACGUGCAAAGCAACGAUCCUGGCUACGUGUCGGAUGACAGUUCGACUGACCAAGAUUAAGCUUCAGUGCUAAUGAAAUUCAUACAUUGCAGCCACACCCGUAUUGAUUUACAAGAAACAGUGAUCUGUUGUGAUGGUGCAUGGGUAAAUUAUACAAGCAAUGGGCGUACAAGAAGAUUGUCAGAGGAGGCAGCAUGCUUCUAGUAUUUAAACAAUAAAAUAUCUUCAUAUGUUAUAUAUAAAUAAUGGAAUGCUCAGAACUGUUUUCCUCAGGCCGGAGCAAUUUGUUCGUUAGUAUUGUAUGCAGUUUGUCGCUAAUCGUGGAUAAUUUAUCUUCUUCAUUUUCCUUA